UUUUAUAAAUUAUUUUACAAAAAUGCCGAAGAAUCCAAAAACGCCAAAAACUAAUAACUGCGAUACGGGUCGCCCUGCGAAGAGUUCCAAAGACCAAGGACAAAGCCAGAAUCGCGGCCGCGGCCAAAACCGAAGUCAGACUCGCGCCCAUAACAAUGCUCUGAACCAUAAUCUUACCAACCUUACCAUUAAUCACGCCAUAAACCAAGGCGGAAGCCAUGGAAUAAACCAUAGCUUUAACCAUCUGGCCCAGCAUCCAGUCCAAGCCCAGACGACCGUUAAAGGUUGCUGCUGCAAGCGUUCCCAGUGCAUCAAAAACUACUGCGAUUGCUAUCAAUCAAUGGUGAUUUGCUCCCAGUUUUGCCGCUGUCUCGGUUGUAGAAACACAGAGGUGCGCAAGGCCGUGGACUCCAGCGCACCGGCCAAGAACUCCAAGCGAGAGAAGGCGGCCGCCAUGAGUGCCAAGGCUGCAGCUGCAGCGGCUAAAGCCGGUAUCCAUGUACCGGUCAAGCAAAUUGCUGGUCCCGGUCCGGGAAUAUCCGGAAAACCUUUUGGCCUUCCCCCUGGUCAAAUUCCAGCUGCAAUCCCAGUUACUUUAAACAAAAAACCACAGCAAGUGCAGUUGGCAACCGGUGGUCGUGAUGCCAUUCCUGUUACGCGUCUUCAUUUCAAUGGGCCUGCUUCGGUUAGAGCGAUUAAGGCCUCAGUGCAGCCUCAGUCCGUGGCUAUGGUCAAUCCCGCCAAGAUCGAACGGGAGUCUCCAAAUUUCUUCUCGCAACCUGUCAAUGUCGCUCUGUUGGAGUGUGUGCUGGUCCAGGCUACCGAGGCAGAGCAGAUGGGAUUUAACGACGUCCAAGUGGGACAGUUGAUUCUCAUGGAGUUUAUGCGCGGCCUGAAAGCAAUCUACGAAGCUACCUGUGAACAUAACCAACAACAUAAUAAUGGGGAAAUAAAUGGUUAGCUGCUUUUGGU